GCUUCUCCGGGGGAGGGGCCAAGGCGCCGGUUUCUUGGAGGCUGGGCGUGCGGCGCCGAGCGCCGCUAACGGAGCGGGGACGCUCGCGGUAACGGGGACGCUGUCCGCACAUCCCCGUGCACACGGGGCUGGGUCGGGGCAGGAAGGGCUUGGCCGAGCCCGCUGUGGCCCCUCGGCCCGCCCCCGCCGCCCCCGGCCAGCCCCGCGGGACCAUGAACGUCCUGGCUCCGGUCCGCCGGGACAGGGUCAUCGCUGACCUGCCCCUGUGUUUUCGGAAGGAGGCCGCCCUGCACGCCCGCCCCGCCUUCCAUCCCACGGUGGCCAGCGCCUGCCAGGAGCAGCGGACGGGCACGGUGGGGUUCAAGAUCUCCAAAAUCAUCGUGGUGGGCGACCUCUCGGUGGGGAAGACCUGCCUGAUCAACCGGUUUUGCAAAGACACCUUCGACAAGAACUACAAGGCGACCAUCGGGGUGGAUUUUGAGAUGGAGCGGUUCGAGGUGCUGGGGGUGCCCUUCAGUCUGCAGCUGUGGGACACAGCUGGACAGGAGCGUUUCAAGUGCAUCGCUUCCACCUACUACCGGGGAGCACAAGCCAUUGUCAUCGUCUUCGAUGUCAACGACGUGGCGUCCCUGGAGCACACACGGCAGUGGCUGGCUGACGCCUUGAAGGAGAAUGACCCAUCCAACGUGAUCCUCUUCUUGGUGGGCUCCAAGAAGGACCUGAGUACGCCCGCGCAGUACAGCCUGAUGGAGAAGGACGCUCUCAAGGUGGCCCAGGAGAUGCAGGCGGAGUACUGGGCUGUGUCCUCACUCACCGGGGAGAACGUGCGGGAUUUCUUCUUCCGCGUGGCAGCGCUGACCUUUGAGAGCAGCGUCCUGGCUGAGCUGGAGCGCAGCAGCGCCCGCAAGAUCGGCGACACCGUGCGGAUCAGCAAUGAGAGCGACCUGUACCUAUCGGCACCCCGCAAGAAACCCAAGUGCUGCCAGUGAGGGGGCAGCCCCCAGCACCCCCUCCACGCUCAACACCUCUGGACCAAAGAGGGGCUGCCCCAGAUGGCCCCAAGGAGCCGUCUCUGCUGUCCCCCAACCCCCCCAGGCCCCCAUCUGCCCGGGCAUCCCCAGCCAGGGCGGGCAGGAGCAUCAGUAUGGCUCCCUUAGCUAUGCAAACCCAGGUACUGCUCACAGGGGGAGAUGUCCUCCAGCUCCCGUUUGUCUUAAUAAAACCUUUUUUUUAUGCUUUUUAAGAAAA